AGGACUGAAGCUCUGCUGGCCAGCCAGCCGUUCGUGUUGUUUUUCGCCCUUGGGAUGGGAUUUUAUUUCGUGUGCUGUAAGAUGAAUCCCGGUCGAGCACUACGUUAUCUUUAACAAGUUGGUGGAGAAAGACUGAUUGCAGUGAUCGCUCUUCCUGGCCCCAUCAUUUAAAUGCACUGACAACCGUCGAUUCUUCUGCGCCUCAUCACGAGCGACGGAAGCAGACGUCGAGAACUAACCUAUAGCUGACACUAUACUGGCCUGGGAACUGUUUUAAUGAUACAUACUUUUGUUUCGAUUGGGAAGAAUGAAUAAGAACAAGUUACUGACGCUGACCGUGCAGAAUGCAAGAAAUGUCUCUUCUUCGGCUCUGCUUCAUCAGAAAUCCCACUAUGAAACUCUAGGCAUUGAAAGAGGGGCAAGUCAAGCUGACAUUAAGUCAGCUUUCUACAAACUCUCCAAAAAGCAUCAUCCAGACGCUAAUGUCAACGAUCCUACGGCUACAUCCAAAUUCCAAGAGAUUGCCGAAGCCUAUGAAAUUCUUGGAAAUGAAGACGCUAGAACACGAUAUGAUAAAGGAAUGGGAUCUAUACCAGGAAUGAAAGGAAAACGGGCUGCUGCACCAGGAUUUAAAACUGCAGAUGAUCCCAGAGCUGCAUUUUACAAAUCAAGACUUGCAAACAAAAUGAAUAGUCCAACAGUUGGAAAGAUGUACAACUUUGAUGCAUGGACAAAAGAACACUAUAGUCAAUCAGUUGUCAGUAAUAGAAGAAUUCGAGAAGAAAUGUCUCAGAGAACUACUGACUUAUCAAGUAAAAAAGGCAACUUUAAAUCUUAUGAUAAGUCUUUAACAGCACAGAACAAAAUAGCAACAUAUCUAGUUGGAAUUAUUCUCAUAGCAGUUGCAAUUUUAGAAUUUCAAAAGAAUGAUGUUCCCCAACCUGUUAAGAGUGUUCACCCCAAGUAAGACUACUUAAAGUCUUUAGUCUUAAUUGUUUUUGUUCUUAAUGUGGUAUUAAAAUAGUUUAAGUUCUACAGGGAUCUAGGAACUAUUAAUCACAAAGGCAAAUAUAUUUAUGUAAAAAUCUUUAUGGCUGUGUAUGUAUUUAAAUCUUAAAAUAAAUCUAAAAGAGUUUACAUUGCUGUACUGUAA